AUGACGGUGCCAAAUCAGGAUUUUGUCCCUCCGUCGUUUGGAAUAGCCUUUAGUAAGAAAGUACCUCUUGUAAAGCAGGCCAAUGUGACCUCAGAGUCGUCUUCAAUCUCGAAAAUUGUAUCUCCAACGCCAUCGCAGGCCUAUAGAUCGGCCCAAUCGGCUAACCCGGAGACGAUUUUUGCUGUGCCUCGCUAUAGCGCCGACGUUCUUUCCUCACCAGCACCUCAAAGAGCCCAGUCAGUGAUGAAACAGCCCCGACCGGGUAGUGUAUUCAUCCCUCGACGAAGUCCCAUUGACAGCGCUCUUGCAGAUUCAAAGGCUGGCAACGUCGCUGCUGCAACUGCCACAACUACAUCGACGAUGAAGACUGAGCCGAAAAGUACGAGUAGUCCAAGGGUUCGAUUUGCUUCUCCUGCAGCUCAGACUGUAGAGAUUAGCCCUGUCCCUGUUGGAGGCCAGCCAGUUUCAACUCAGGCACCCUUUUUUCAGCCUACUUCUUCUGCCUCACAAAAUGGUUUUUCUCGUCAAGCCAGAUCGGCAACGCCUACAAGAACUGCGACUGAUCCCUUACCCAGUUCAGUUGUUGCACCGGUACUUCAACAACCGCUGGCUUAUCCAGCACCUUCCUUUCAACAACCAACUCAACUACAGCAGUCAAAUCAACCAGCAUUUGCGGUCAUCGCACAGGAUCCUUCGGCCCUUCAAGCACUGCUUAGUGGUGAUUUAGGUGGUAGAACUUUUAUUAUACAGCCUUUGCAACAGUCUUAUAUCCUACCACAGUUUCAGUCGGCUGCUGUUCCCUUUCCAUCGUUUGCCGUUUCGCAAACACCCCUACAACCACAGUUCUAUCCUCAACAGCCGUUAAAUCCAGUGCCAACUCAAGAGCAACCAGUCACGGUUGUGCAACAACCAGCUUCAGUCUUACUUCCAGCGGCACCGCCUCAGCAUCAACUGCCACAACAACAGCAACCACAGUCGCAAUUCCUUCCUUGGCAAGCUCCCAUCCUUACAACACCUCGAGUCCCGGUCGAAACAGCUCCUACAUUAGCACAUGAAGAUCUUCCUCGAAAAGACCUGCAACCAGCCAUUGUGGACAUACCUGUCCCAACAAAGGCACCUGAGGAAGCUAACCCUCAACCAAUUUCUGAGCCCCUCACUGUCGCAACAGAGAGUCGAUCACUUCCACAAACAACACCCUGCCAGCGAUCACCACCGAGGAGCGUUCAGUCUAUAUUUAAACAGAACAGUCCCCAAAUUUAUCAGUCGCAUGAGGCACACAAAAUUCCACUGAGGGAGCCGCAGAAACUAUCCACUCCGACAUUUCUCCAGCCAACUCAUCAGCAGGUACGGUUCACUCCACCAAGAGAGUCCACCCCGAAUCCUCCACAGAACAAUCCUCUCUGCGAAUACGUACAGAAGCUCAAGUUGGGG